AACAAUACCAAGUAACGUUCAUUGAGCUGUAGUCUCUUGAUAUCUUGUGUUAUCUUCAAAAGUUUAAUUAAAUCAUUUAAAAUGACCUGGUGGAUAACCGCUUGUUUGCUGAUUGCUUCAGUUAUUUCAAUCCAAGCUCGUGAGAUAACUCGACCCCGAUCUGGACCGAGAGCUGUGAGUCCGUACGGGCGUUUGCUCCUGAUGAGGGACAGAAGGAACCCCGUUGGUGUCUACACUCCUCCGAGAGCGAUGAUGCUGACCGGUUUCUAUCGGCCGGUACGACACUCGACUGGUAGUCAGGCCACUGGCGUAUUUGCGCAGGGUAAUGCGGUCAGCGGCGGAGCUUAUCUUGCAGGUACUCACAACCCAAAUUAUCAACGGCGUGAUCUAGAACCUCUUGAUCAGACACGAGUAUCCAGUGCGGAGGCUGAAGCUGCGCUGGAGCCACAGGGCGCUCCGGUUUAUGGUAAUGAAGAAGACGUCAGUUAUCCACUGAGCCAGGAUGAACCAGAGCUGCAGGAAAAUGACCAACCUGACACCCAAUUGGUCAGUUUGCAGAAUAAUAAUGAGUCGGAACGAUCACCGGAAGUUCCUCUGCAAGAAGAAGAGGAAGAAGAAGAAGAGGCACAGAAACCUGGGAAAACUUUGGUGAAAAAACCUCAGGGGACCAAGACAAAAAAAACUUCUGUCCAUGUGGAAAGUGACGAUGACGAUGACUCUGAUGAGAUCGAAGAAGAUGACGAGGAAGAUUCCAAACCCUUUGUGCCUUUUAAGUCAAACAAACGAGGCGACAUGCCGAAUAAUUUGAACAAUUUCUUCCCGAUGAUCUUCAGUUUCCCGAAAUCGGGAGCUCGGGGCGGAAGUAGCCCGGGCACGAUUACGGCCAUCGCAAACAGUUUUUCCACUGGGAAAAGUGGAAUCGCUAGUUCUGUUGCCACUGCCUACGGCGGGUCUCCUAAUGGGAAGAAAAAACGCAACCAGCCGAGUCAAAAAUAAAAAACAAGUUUGAACAUUUAUAUAUAUAGAUAUUCUGUGAAAUAUUUAUCAGAAAUGAAAUCAACAAAGUAUACGAUAUAUUUCUAAGCAUAAAUUUUCAAUGUUAAUGUAUAAUAAAAAAAAAUAUCGAAAUAAAUUUUGAAAAAACCCAGAAAAUUUUUUCAUUUAUUAUUAUUGUCCAGACUCUUGUUUUUAUUUAUAAAUAUUUAAUAUGCUGAGAAAGACUUGAGGGUCAAGUAAAGAGAGUGGUCAGUAUAUAUACGCAACGGCAAUGAAUUUUUUUAUUUUCAUUAUUUCUAUCAAAAGUUCCUAUGACGCAUCAUCAGAUGUAAAUAAAUUCGAGGGAAUCCCGCCUGUGCCUGUUUAAAAAAAAAGCUAUUGAUUAUAUUAACGUUGAUAUUUGCUGACGAGUAUUUAAUGUGAAGCGAGACUGCUUCAGUCCUUGAAUGUUUGCUAAAAGUCAAAAAUCAUUAUGCGGAAACAAUCAUUUUUAUUUUUUUAAACUUUAAUUUGAAUAAACGAGACGCAACAGUUUAACGUUAAUUAUAUUCAAAAAUACUUGAUUACUUCUAAAAAAAUAACAGACGCUAAAUGUGGACGAAGUGUGGAAGGUCACCGGGAUAUCCCAGUGCCAGACGGCUCGAGAGAUGGCCGAUGCUCGUAUAUAUAAGACGGACAAUUUGUAGCAACAUCCAAAAAUCAGUCAGCACUUUGCAGAAGACAAGUAUCUCUUAUUAAAUAUAAAAUUUAUAUCAUUUUUUAAAAAUGAAUACCGUUGGAGUUCUCUUGUUCGUCUUCGGACUCGUUGUUUGCUGCAUCUCCGCUUACCCAUCAGCGAUUUCCAGUGAGCGCAAUGUGAGGGUGAUAAGAGCAGCUGCUGCGUUACCGGAUCCCCAUCAUCUACACCAUAGUUACCCUCGUCAAAAUUACGGACACUCACAAUCACAAGCACAAGCUCAUGCUCAAUCUGGUUCAAUUUAUACACCAUUUGCGUCUGGUGCAUAUUCUAUGGCAUCCGCUGGAGCUGGAUCGGGAACCGGACAUGGAUUUUUCAGAUAAAUUAUAUAACUCUUUAUACAAUAAUUGCUUACUUAUAUAAAUGUAUGUUAAAAUUUUGUAAUUCUGUUGUUAAUAAACAAGAAUUUUAUGUUUAUAUCUGA